AUGACUGAAGGCGGUAAAAGUUAUGAAGGUGAUAUGAAUGGAUCAUUAUUGGCUCAUUUACAAGCGCGGAGUUUAGUAGAGUCGUAUACCUCGGAUCAAUUGUAUGAAUUGACGGACCCCUCCAAGAGUCCCAGUCAACACUUUAAAUUGUACUGUGGAGCUGAUCCUUCAGCCGUCUCAUUGCAUUUAGGGAACUUGUUACCCUUGAUGGUGCUCUUACAUUUCCGAUUGAGAGGCCAUGAUGUAGUUGGACUUGUUGGAGGAGCCACCGGGAUGGUAGGAGACCCCAGUGGUAGAAGUACCGAAAGACAACAGCUUGAUAGUGAUGAAAGAAACACUAAUGUUGAACGGAUUAGUGAACAGAUACGUGAUUUUCUUGAGAAAGGAGUUGCUUAUGCCAAAUCUAGAAACUUCCCGGUUGCCCAAAAGGGUACCAUUUCCAGUGUUAAUAAUGCUGAAUGGUGGAAGAAUGUGGGGUUCUUGGAGUUCUUGAGUAAAUACGGUAAACAUAUUCGUGUGAAUCAAAUGCUUGCAAGAGACUCGGUUCAAUCUCGGUUGCAGUCACAGAAUGGGAUUGGAUACAAUGAGUUUUCGUAUCAAAUCUUACAAGCUUUUGAUUUUUGGCAUUUAUUUGAAAGAGAAGAUGUCAAUAUGCAAAUUGGAGGCAAUGACCAAUGGGGGAACAUUACAGCCGGGAUUGAUUUGAUUGGUAGAUUACAACAACAUCACCAUCUUCUUCAAAAAAAAAAUGUUUAUGGUAUGACUGUUCCAUUACUUACUACACCUAAAGGUGAAAAGUUUGGUAAAUCUGCCGGAAAUGCAAUUUUCAUCGAUAGCCAAUUAACCAGUCCUUAUCAAUUAUAUCAAUAUUUUGUUAACGUCCCAGAUGAAAUGGUGGGGAAACUUUUAAAGUUGUUUACUCUUUUACCAAUCAAUGUCAUUGAUUACGAAUUAUUACCUAAGCAUUUAGAAGACCCCGGUUUACGUAUAGCUCAAAGGGUUUUGGCAAGAGAAGUAGUUGAUUUGAUCCAUGGAAACGGUGAAGAAAUGGCUUAUAUCACCAGUUUCUUAUUCCCUACUCCAGAUCAACCAUUCACUGAUAAUGUGAGUGCUGAAACAUUACUUAAGAACUUUAGAAGAUCCGGAAUUAUUAGUCAAUUUUCGGCUAAAGAUUUUGGUGAUACUAGUAUCGACGAUUUGAAAUUGAGUACUUUAUUGAGCCAUUUAUUGGGUAAAUCCAAAAGUGAAACCCGAAGAUUAAUCAAGGCUGGAGGAGUUUAUUUGGGAUUAGAAAGGAAACAACUUGAAGACCCAGAUGAUGUGGUUUUGUUUGACAAGGACAAUCAUUUGAUAGACGGUAAGUUGUUAUUGGUUAGAACAGGCAAACAAAACUAUCAUGUUGGAGAGUUCAAGGAAUAA